UUUUUAUUUAUUCAUUGUUUUCCUUUGUCGAUGAGUCAUGGAGAAGGGAGGUCGGCGGCGAGAUGCGACCGGCUGCAUCGGGCGCUGUGCGACUGCCACCAGCGAGUCCCUGAGGGUCCACCGCGGGAGGCGGCCUGUCGCCACCUGAACCGGUCUCUGGCGGAGUGCCUGGUGGACUUGAUCUGCCCCGCGGAGUCUGAGGCCGUCCGGAGCCUCUGUUCCAGCGGCGGCACCGCUCUCAAGCGCUCUCAGUGCCAACGAGCCCAGCUCUCCCUCGCCGUCUGCCUCUCUUCUCACCAAACCCAACCCUGAGCCCUGAACCCUGUCCCCCCCCCCCCCCUCCCCGCUUGAUUAUAUUCAAAACCCUACACCGAAUCCCCUGUCGCUCUCGUGACCGCUCGCACUUGUGCUUUUUAGGAUAAUGCAGCCCACGUCCUGUUUUGUAUGGGAAGGUUGUUCAUGUCUGUCUACUAUAAAAAGGCCUGCGAAUGAAAUUGAAGAAGACCAAAAAAAAAAGACAAAAAAAAGAAGGGCAACAAUCUUCUCAAUUUCUCCCCCAAACUAAUUCUCCUAGAUCUGACUGGUGGUAUAUCAGAAAAGCUCAUUAUGCAGCUAGGAGCCUGUACAUCUCACUGCACUAGGGAUCACUGCUGUUUUGCGACAAUUUCACAAAUGUGAAAUCAGUGGCAGCUGAUGCUCACAAAAGUCAGAUGAAGUGGAUGCUACUAGCGAACAAAUUCCACCACCAGAAGAGCAUUUCACGAUGCAGCAAUACCUGAGGUUUCUGACAUGUCCACAGAUGUAGAGGCUUGCAGAGCAGCUGGCUUUAGUUGUAGUGCACUCAACACUCAAUGUUGAAUUUGCUGUUAGGCUUCAACCAGGUUGGAAGUCACCUCACUUGCUAAUCUAUUGAAGGAAUGUACUACCACACAUGAAGGGUACAAAAGGGAGUUAGUUCUUGGCUGCAGUCACUAUAGAGGUGAUCUGAUUGCCACACAUGGUUGUUAUUGCCUCUAGAAGAGCCCCAGUCAUUGCAGGCAGCGUAAUAUUGGAACAAGUGGCAAAACGCAUGAGUGCUUUGCCAUGCCAAAGGCUGCUGAUUUUUACCGGUGUUUUGGUCCUUCACUCUUCUAUCUUCUGAAAAUUGUCAAUGCUCCUAGUUUGGCAAGAUACAUGGUCCAGAAUUUGUCAAGUUGAUGGAAGGAGACGAGAUGCCCAUGAACACGUUGUAUUAUUUAUGGAUAACUUAAGUCUCCACACUGUAGAAAAAACUUGAGGCUUGGGGAAUUCUCCAAGCCCCUUUUGGGCAAAGGUCUGAAAGCAUAUACAUGCUAUGCAAACCUCCUAGUCGGAUCAGCUUAUUUGUGGAUUCUUUGGUAAAGAAGAUACAUUCAAAUUUUUUCUAUGUGGAGGAAAGAUUGAACACUCUACACCUCAUUAGAGAAACUGGACCUAGGGAAGAUGUGCUACAUAUAUUUGGAAGUUUCAUGAGAAGGUAGGAGAUAUUCAAGACUCCUUAUUAGAGGAUAAGUUGGUAAAAAAUCUGUACUGGGGUGAUGAUCCCUUAACUGAAUAGUAUAAAUUUAGGGCAAGGAUAGACCGAUUUUCAUGUAUAGUAUAAAUUUGUACUAAUAAUAACCUUGGCCAAGUAGGCUUAGAUUCUGGAUCCUAUAUACGACUUUGUUGUCUGGAUAUAAGAUGUAAAAUUCAUGUUUGAUCAUCGUCUUAUUCAUCUGGUAAUAUUAUUUGCACAUGAUUAAUCCA